AUGAAGGAGUCUCUGUACUACUAUAUUACUCUAUUUCCAUAUUGUAGGGAAGCGGCAAGAGAAUGUCGUCGCAAGAAGAAGGAGUAUGUACGUUGUUUGGAGCGUCAGGUAGCCAUACUGCAAGACCAAAAUCGUCAGUUGAUCGAGGAAUUGCAGAAGAUGAAAGCGCUAUGUGCAGGCGCCUUUCUGGAUCCAGCUGUCCAACAGACCCAAUUACAGAACCCCCCUGGGCUCUCCAAUGACCGGAGACUUAGUGGUUCUGGUGCUGGUGACGAGGGAAGUGGGAUGGAUUUUGUGGACUCUGCCCCGUCCGCUUCCUCAGCUGCUCACCACCAUCACCAUCCCCACCGCAAACCACCACCUCGCUUGCCCUCACCCCAGCCUGUUGUCGCCACAUCGGAUACCAGUGGGGGCAACGCAAACAAUUUUCACUCUUCCUCAGAAAUGGAUACCGACUCCUCUGCUUCUCGAACAGUAUCCAGUGAUCUUACUCUCCUCAAAUCGCCUGUUUCGCAGACCCAACAACGACUGCUUCUGCUUCACGGUCUUUCAGCACUCAAGGAAGGCGGAGCUAGUGCUGCUGGCAGUAGUAGUAGUACCGGAGCAAGGAAGAGUGAAGAAAACGAUUACUCUAGCGGUGCAUGGAUGUCUUCUCUUCCUGAUCAGAAAUCGAAGUUUCCCGAAGACGAGAUGGAUACUAGACUCCCCUCCUCCUCACCCCACAUCCACCCUGUUAAGCGGGUUCUCAAGCGCUUUGGCAAUGAGCAGCACCGGUUAUCACAACUGCAAAAACAGCAACAGCAAAAAAGUGCGGGCAAACCAGAUCCAGAUAAGACCCAGUAG